AUGCAUAAUGAUCUGAUGCUGCUCUAUUCUUUAUUUUUCUUAUCAAUAAUAAUAAGAAUUACGCACGGACAACAAACAGUAAUUUAUGUUAAACGUGGUGAUGUAGUUGAAUUAUGUGACAAUCGCUCGACAUCAAUUUAUGCUUAUGAAUAUCGAAGUUUCGAUGGUAAAAAAGAUCUAAUUCUUGAGCCAUCAAGAAAUGAUCGAUACUCAAAUCCAUAUCGGACAAGUCUAUUACGAAUAAAUAAUGUUAAUGAAAGUGAUAGUGGAUUAUAUAAAUGUCCACAAGAUGAUAUUGAAUGGCAAAAACUUCAAGUUUACACUCCCGUUAAACAUAUAUAUUUAAGUAAUCUUCAUGCACCAACUCGAAUGUAUAAUAAUGAUCUAUGCGGAAUUCAUGAUAGAAAUUGCUUAGUUAUGGUUGAAGGUGAACCAUUGGAUAUUGUUUGCGCUGCUGAUGGUUCUCCUCGUCCAUCACUUGAAAUUUCAUUAAAUAAAAAUCAUACAACACCAACAAUAAUGGCAUUAGCAACGGGCAUUAAAACGCCAGAUUUGAUUGACAAUCGAUUUCAACCAAGUGUUUAUGAAGUUUAUCGUAUUCCACAUUUAACAUACGCUGAUAACGGACGAAAUCUAACAUGUCAUGUCGAUAUGAAACACAUUGAUAACACGCUCAUUUUAUCAGUGACAAAACAAAUCUAUAUUGAAUAUCGACCGACAGUUGCAGAAAAAGUUAAAAAAAUCUAUUCUGGAAUUAAUCGUACGCGUACUGUUAAUUGUACAGUUAUACGUGCUAAUCCAAUGUAUAUACAUUAUAAGAUCCACGCUUUAACACCAUCACUUAUCAGUAAAGAAUAUGAUGAUCAAAAUCCUUCGUACUAUAAAUUUGAUAUAACGCCCACAUCCAUUGAUCAAUUUCGUUCGUUUAAUGUAACUGCUAACAAUAGUAUUGGUUAUGAUACAUGCACUUAUGAAUUAAUUCACGGAGAUGUACCUGAUCGAAUAACAAAUUGUACACUUGAUAAAUCGACAUCAAAUAUUACUAUAACAAUAACUUGUACGAAAAGUUAUGCACAAGGUGAUAGUGAUAGUUAUGCAUGUAUACUAUAUGAAAAGGAUGAAAAUGAUCCAGAAAGAAUGUUCAAAGAAAUAGCACGAACAAAAUCUUGCAUAUUUGCAUUACCAUAUACUCAUACACCUGUUGAAUAUCGUAUUGGUGCACUAAAUAAUUACGGUUCAUUAUCAAUCAAUCAACAUGGUUAUGUUAUUCCGUUGAAUCAAAAAACUUCACAAAAAGCAUCAGUUUUCAAUAAGAAACUUUCUGUUAUUCUUGGUUGCAUAUUCGGUGGUGCGAUCGUAUUAGUUUUUCUUUGUUGUCUUUGCGGAACAUGUCAUCAAGACCGAUCGAAGCUUUCAACUAGAAAUACUCUUUAUCAAAAAGAUAGAUAUCCCCGAUCGUCGACCGAGAGCGAAGCAUUAAAACCUAUCAGUGACGAAAAAGUGUUACACUUAGUUUCAAAUGGCAGUGAUAGACAUCAUCAGAACGGCGCUGUUUAUGAUAUUCCUAUUCAUUUAAAUGGUAAAUAUUCUCAUCAAUUAACUUCUCCAACAUCUGUUUAUCAUCAACAAAAGUCUCAACAAUCAACUAAUCUUCAUUAUAUUGAUCAAGAUUCAAUAACAAGUAGUCUUAAUUCAUUACGCACACGAGCACGUACAUUUAACAAUAAAUUCUACGGUAAUCCAUUAAUGGAGAAUAAAUACGGACCACUAUCAUCAACAAUACAAGGCAAUGCGAAUAAUGGUGAAAUUAUGGAAAACGACGAAGAAGACGAAGACGAAUCACCAGUUUAUUCAACAACAACAGAUGUUAUGUCUGAAAGUGGCUCAUUUCUUGUUUCAAAUUCAUCAUCAAAGCGUCGUGCACCACCUCCACCUAAACCACGUUAUUCAACAUUAAGUUCUCUUCGUUUACCAGCUGAAAAUUCUGAUAAAGUACCAUUGCCAUGUCCUAAACCACGUUCUCGUUCAAAUUCACGUACACGUUUAAAUAAUGGAAGUUCAGAUAAUUCAUCAUAUUUAUACGAAGAACGUCCUGUUUCAUCAUCAGACUCUGGUAUCGGUCAAUCAGAUGUUGUUUGUCUCCCCAAUGGUGAUACAAUACGUUCGGGUCUUGUGAAAUCAAGACAAAAUAGCCUUCAAAAACAUUAUACUAGCCCACCAUUAAUUCAACAACCAAUAAAACAGGAAAUAUUAACAUCACCUAUUGUUCGUGGUACAGAAUGCUAA